AUGCAUAAACGCUUCCUGCUAUGUGCCUUGGCACAAGCUACCUUAGCAACGCCAGAGUCAAUACAGAAGCGCGGUGCUAGUAAUCCAGUUGUUAAAGGCACUCCACAAGUAGUGGGAAUCCUCGCCGACCCAUCAUUAAAUCGCGACUCCUGUGGCUCCUCUGUGUUCGAAGGCCGCGCCCUCUGGGUUUGCAGAGAUACCCAACAUUACGAUACGAAUGGCAUUCCAAAUCUGCCCAUCUUCACCAGCUCCGCCUCAUGGACCGAUCUGAUCACAGGCGGCGGCUCAAAUUUGAUAAUGUACGGCAACAAUAAUGACCAAUCCUUCUAUCCACUGGUCCCCGGCAACUGCGACGAUAACCAGGCCGGAGUGUGCUCUGAUGGCACUCGAUAUCCGCUCUGGGCGAAUGCACCUCCACUAGUGACAAGCUCCGACUCUAGCAGCAGGACUGGAUAUACAUGGAUCAGCAAUUACCAUAUCUCGGGCCUGACCAACCUCGUCGCAGACCCUUCAGUUACACUCUAUCGCGUUAAGUACACCUCCGGAGCCGAAGAUCUACCCCAGGCCGAAAUUAUCAACUCUGCUUUCUGGGCGGAAAAUGAGAUCCCCUAUGGUAACUACGGUGGUGUUGUGCAGAGCGGUACGGCCUACCUUUGGGGACAAAGCUCGGACAAGAAUGUCGCACUGGCGCGCGUCGCCCUCGGCAGCAUCGAAGACUCGUCGCAAUACGAGUUUUACGUCAACGGAGCCUGGACCACUACCAAGCCCGCUCUGGGCGAUGAUGCCGCUAUCAUUGGCAAUGCUAGCGCGGGUGGUCAAGGGACAUACUACUAUUCGCAGCCCUGGCAGUCAUAUGUGUGGAUUGGUCAAGCUGGUAUUUCCGUUUCGGCAGACUUCUAUAUCACGACUGCACCGGCACCGGAAGGCCCCUGGAUUGAACCCGUUCAUUUCUACUCGGGAGUCAAUGGAAAUUUCUCUUUGGGGGCUUACAGCUUACAAGCUAAUCCUGGUCUUUCUCCGGCGGAUCAGAACGAGAUAUACUUGACUUAUACUAAGACGGACGCGGUCGGAGAUAACGUUGCGCUGUAUACCACGCCUCUGAUUUUAGUCCAGUGGGAAAGUUAA